AAAUUAUAAGGUAAUCAAGUUGGCAAGCAGUUAUACUUCAACAACAAGAGUUAUUUUUAACAUAGACAAUUAACAGCAGUUUGCUUUAUUGUCAUAUUGGCAACUGUUCCAUUGUAGGCUCAAUGGUCGGCCCGGGGGUGGUUUCCAAUGGAUUGCAUGCGGAUUCUUUUACAGGGUUCCCCGGCCCCUCCGCCUCCUUUUUCGGCGGACCGGACCCUUUCUCAGCGUGGUUUGGUUCACGGUCUCCUCAGCAGAUGCUGCAGACCCCAUCAUCCACCCAAAAGCAUUUAGCUUCAACGGCAACCCCUCAGGCACCUGUAGCAGGAGAAACUUUUUUGUCAAGAUUUUGUGAAGACUUUAUCCUGAUCAAAGUAUUGGGUAAAGGUGCUUUUGGAGUAGUUUUGGAGGUUGAAAAAAGAUUAGAUUUACGACGAUAUGCGGUAAAACGGAUCAAGUUAAAAGGUAAGGAUGCAGAGACCACUGUGAUGCCAGAGGUUCACGCCCUUUCACGACUGGACCAUCCUGGCAUUGUGCGUUACUUUAACACAUGGAAGGAGACCCCACCCCUGGGCUGGCAGGAGGAACAAGACUCUCAUGUGGAGGGUCUACGAAGCCUGACUUGUACUGAUGACUAUCCAACAGAAACAGCAUCUUUCGAACGACAAUCUGAUGAUGAAACAAGCAAUAAACAACCUACUGCAAACACUGCACCACCAAGAAAUCCCCAGUUUGCAGACUUGCAAAACUUUGGAGCUAAUAAUUUUGUUGUUUGUGAUGUUCGUGAACAUGAUAAAGCGAGUGUAUUCGACUCCUAUGGUUGGUCCACUGAUGAAAGGUCAUCAUUUGGCACAGCCAGUAGAGAUGCAAACGAUAACGAUGAUGAUAAUGAGGAGGGGAAAGAUUAUAAAUGGCAGGAGGAUAAGGAUGAUGAUGAAGACGAUGAUGGUAUUGUUUUUGAAAGUAGUGAAGCCUCUAGAAAAAGGAAAACAGAAGAGGUAAAGAAAAAGGCCGAGAAUAAUAAUGAUGAUACAACAGAAGGUGGAAAUUCAAUGGAUAGGAGAGCUCAUGAUUUGGACAGACAAGACCAAAGGCUUCAGCAAUUAGGCAUUAAGCAGCCUAGUUUACCGGUGCCCCCUACUUUCCUGUACAUUCAAACUGAGUUAUGUAAGACUGAAACUUUGAAAGACUGGUUGGAUAAAACAAAAAAUCGUUUUCCUGAUGUAAUUUCGAAAAUUCUGAGAGAAAUUACUUCUUCACUGGCAUACAUUCAUGAUAAGCAAUACAUUCAUAGAGACCUUAAACCGGCAAAUAUAUUCUUUGCAUUUGACAACUCUGUAAAGCUAGGUGACUUUGGUUUGGCAAAGAUAAUGGCGGAGGACCAUUUGGGAAGUUCGGAUGCAGGAAGGGUAGCUCAAAGUCUUACUUCAGGAGUUGGCACCUUCUUUUAUAUGAGUCCAGAACAGGUAUGUGAGACGAGAACAGAUGUGUUAGUCCAGAACAGGUAUGUGAGACGAGAACAGAUGUGUUAGUCCAGAACAGGUAUGUGAGACGAGAACAGAUGUGUUAGUCCAGAACAGGUAUGUGAGACGAGAACAGAUGUGUUAGUCCAGAACAGGUAUGUGAGACGAGAACAGAUGUGUUAGUCCAGAACAGGUAUGUGAGACCAGAACAGAUGUGUUAGUCCAGAACAGGUAUGUGAGACCAGAAAUGCAUGCAGAAUUAAAGGGUUCUGCAGUUAAACUAUAACAACUUCUACUGUUUUUCUUAGACUGAUUUGAUU